GGAGCCGUCGCACGUGCGGAGGGAGCGGCGGAGCCGACAGCGCCGCCGGCGGGGUCCCGCGGCCGCAGGGAGCUCCGGGCGCGAGUGUCCCGCGCCCCCGCCGGCGCCUGUCAGUGACUCGCGUGCCGCGGCCCCCGCGCCUCCCCCCGGAGAUGCUGUGGCGCCGGAUCCUCCCCGGAGUCGGCCGCCGCGGGACCAGCCUCCGCCCGCCCGCGCUCCCGGACCGGCGGCGCCGCAGCGGCCGCUGAGCCCCCGCGAUGCCCGCGGGCCUCUCGGAACCGGCCGGCCCCGCGCCCCUCGCCGGCGUGAGCUCCUCGGGGACCCUGACGGGCGCGCCGGCCGGGGCGCGGCCGGUCCGGGCGGAGGGCACUUCCGUGGCCCCGGGCGCCGUGACGAAGGCUCCCGUCCACGUCCGCGUGGAGCCCGCGGCGUCCCAGCCCUCGCGGCCGCCCGUGGGGACCCUGGGGGCCAAGGUGGCUCCUGUCAGCGCGCUGCCCGCCGCGCAGAUAGUCGCCGUGAAGGCCCCCGCCGCCGCCACCAUCCAGCUGCCCGCCAGCCUCCAGCUGCCCCCAGGAACAGUUUUGAUCAAAAGUAACAGUGGUCAGUUGAUGUUGGUAUCUCCUCAGCAACCUGUAACAAGAGCCGAGACUACAAGAACCAUAAUUUCAAGGCCGGCUCUUCCAACGAAUCCUCAAACAGUCAGAAUCUGUGCAAUGCCGAAUUCUAAUUCACAGUUAAUCAAGAAAGUGGCCGUGGCACCUGUUAAACAACUGGCACAGAUGGGAGCUACUGUGGUAACCACUGUUACAAAGCCUUCCUUAGUACAAUCUGUGGCGGUGCCAUCCAGUGUUGUCACAGUCACUCCGGUGAAGCCGUCGAAUACUGUAACCACCCUGAAGCCUUCAAGUUUGGGAGCAUCGCACGCACUCUCUAGCGAGCCCACCCUCAAUGCAGGGAACUCAGCAGCUGCUCAGACCAGUCUUACUCCGGCGAUGCUAGAAAAUGUGAAGAAAUGUAAGAACUUCCUGGCGAUGUUAAUAAAACUAGCAUGCAGUGGAUCACAGUCCCCAGAAAUGGGACAGAAUGUCAAGAAGCUGGUGGGACAACUUUUGGAUGCGGAAAUCGAAGCGGAGGAAUUUACUAGACAACUGUAUGUUGAACUCAAGUCUUCACCCCAGCCUCACCUCGUCCCUUUUCUUAAGAAAAGUGUGAGUGCCGUGCGACAGCUGCUGCCCAGCUCCCAGAGCUUCAUCCGGCAGUGUGUGCAGCAGACCCCCGGGGCCGGCGCUGCUGCCGCCACCACACCGGUGCCCGCUCUGGUGCCGGCCGCGGACUCCUCGGUGCCGGCUGGAAAGGCCCUCGGCGUGUCCGGAGCAGCCACAGCCGGAACGGUGUCCGCACCAAGUCUGAAUUCCUUUGCUGGCCCAGCGGGGGCCACAGCUGGGGCUGUGACACUGCCUUCUGUGGGUCCAGCUGCUGUAGCCGGAGGAGCAACGGCGGGACCUGUCGUGCAGCCUCCAAAGCCGCUUGGGACGUCUGCACAGAACACAGUGACGGCCGUCUCGCUGCCGCCGGAAAAGCCAGUGGUCUCUGGAGCAGGGAUGGCGCUGGCCCUCCCGUCAGUAACUUUGGGAGAAACUCCGCCCGCUCUUUGUCUUCCGUCUGUGAAAACUGUCGUGACUUGUGCGGGGACCCCCUGUGAGAAGCCUGUCGUGGGCGCUCCAGUCCAGAUCGCGCUCGCACAGCCGGGACCCGUCCUUUCCCCAUCGGCUGCUCUCCCACAGGCAGUGACCGUCACGCAGCUGGUAGUCCAGCAGCCGGCAGGGGGCCUUUCACAACAAGUGGGCACACUUCCCCCGGCCCCAGCACUGACCCUUCAGAAGAAGAUGCCAGGGACCACUGCAGGAGCUUCCGCUCCCAUUCUAAAGCAAACUACCCUGCCAGGAAAUAAAAUCCUGCCUCUUCAAGUAUCUUCUAUUCUGAAAGAUAAAAUAAAGGAGAAUGGAGCGACGUCCUUGAGAGAUGAAGAUGACAUCAAUGAUGUGACUUUCAUGGCCGGGGUCAACCUCAAUGAAGAAAACGCCUGCAUCUUAGCAACAAACUCUGAACUGGUUGGCACACUCAUUCAGUCGUGUAAAGACGAGCCAUUCCUCUUCGUUGGCGCUCUACAGAAGAGGAUUUUAGACAUUGGUAAAAGGCAUGACAUUACGGAACUGAGCUCUGAGGCCGUGACUCUGAUCUCCCAUGCAACACAGGAGCGACUACGAGGCCUUCUGGAGAAGCUGACAACUAUUGCUCGGCAUCGAAUGACCGCCUACAAGAUGAGUGAAAAUUACAUCCUGUCGAGUGAUACCAGGUCACAGCUCAAAUUUCUCGAAAAGCUGGAUCAACUGGAGAAGCAGAGAAAGGACUUAGAAGAAAGAGAAAUGCUACUGAAGGCAGCCAAGAGCCGUGCCAAUAAAGAAGAUCCAGAGCAGCUGAGGCUGAAGCAGAAAGCCAAGGAGCUGCAGCAGUUGGAGCUCGCGCAGAUCCAGCAGCGGGACGCGAACCUCACCGCCCUGGCUGCCAUUGGGCCGAGGAGGAAGAGGCCCCUGGAGGCUGGGCCUGGGAGCGAGGGCUUAAAAGACAACCUUCUGGCUCCCGGGACCGGCAGCCUGACAGGCAGCAGGCAGCUGCCCCGCCCGCGGGCCACGCGGGUCUGCCUGCGGGACCUGGUGUUCUGCAUGGAGCAGGAGCGGGACAUGAAGCACUCGCGGGCGCUCUACCUCGCGCUUCUGAAGUGAGCGGCCUCCCGCCUGCUGUCCCUCCAGCCGGGGCUCGAAGGCUCGGCCCGGGGCUGCCCUGCGGGGCUCAGCCCGGGGCCUAGUUUACAGUCAUGAACUUCCGUCAUGUCUACGUGCACGUUGGGGUGGACUCCGCGUUCCUCCUGGGAGCCGGUCGUGACGUUCACGCAGACGCAGGGACCAGCGGCAGAGCCCUGCCUGCACACGGCGGGCUCUCCCCAGCUUCACCGCCGGCGGGCUCUCCCCAGCUCCCCUACACCGCCGGCGGGGUGCCGGGAGGGGCCGCCUCCAGCUCUGCGGCGUCUCCGCGGGGCUCGGCUGGAGCCCGUUGCUUAGCCGCCUCCUGACGCUGAAGGUGACCAGCCACAGGGAUAGGCCUGUGGCCACUGGUCGCCGAGUCCCGUGUCAGACGGAGACGGAUGGGACCGUGCGCCUGAGGUGCUGUCCUCUGUUCACGCACCACGCGCUGCGGCUGCCGCCACGCGAGGCCCAGCUUCUGGGGAAAUCGGACAGGUGUAGCUGCUGACAUACCUCAUUCCCAUGGAGAAGGCGGAGCAGAGCGAACCAGAAGGACUGACUGAGGCGGCAAAAGGAAGGAGCAUCCGCCGGAAGCGCCGCCUGUGCCCGCGGCAGGGCAGGGCAUGGGGGGGUCGGGCCCAGAGCUCAGGGCCGGGUUUUGUUGAUGGGAAACAGCCAGCCCGAGCAAAGGGAAUGUUCGCUACGUUUCCAAACUGCAGUCUCCAAAACCAAGUUCUUUGUUCUGUGAUCGCUUUAACCUCAAGGACAGUUUUGUAAACUCUUUUAGUUGCCCUAAGUUUUAAGCACCUUGUUGCAUUAAAAAAAUCCUAAUUGGUGAUGUAAAGGUUUUAAUCGGGACUCCGUUGGGGGUUCUAGACUCAGGCAGGGUUCGAAGCUCUUGGGCUCGGCUCCACGUGCAUCUGAGAAGCAUGUUCCUUAGACUCGCCCAGGAGGAGGCUGAUUUCGCUGAAGCAGACCCUGCUUUGUUUUGCUGUUUUGUUUUAAAUGCCACCGUGUGGCUGGUGACAAAUGGUAGCUGUAGUUAGUCACAGGAGGAGAAUACACUCCAAGAAAGUUUCACAGAAGUGGGAAGCGCUGCCUCUGACCCAAAGAAUUCCAGGGAAAGCCCUGAGUAGGGCUCCUCCCUUCUUCCCGUGGGGCUGGCACGGCCACACCGCUCCAGCGAGUCUUAAAGUGGCCCAUCUUCCGUUCCACAAGUUACCGUGUACAUGUUAUAAAUUAUGUAUAUGUUAAGAGUACUUUACGAAGAGAUCUAUACCUAAAGUUGUUUUUGUAUAUUUAAAUGCUUAACUUUAUUUUUUGUAAAGUGCAGCAUAUUCUCAUAUUUGUGUAUAAUCUUAUUGAUCAGAUGUUUGAAAUUAUUUCAAAUACUUCAUUAAAAUAAUUAUUUUAUUAGAA